GCGAUCGACUAAUUUUAGGUUCUCAUUUAUCAGGGAGGGAGGAGGGUGUCUUCCUUUCUCUCUCUCUCUCUUCUCUCUCUCUCUCUCUUCUCUCUCACAGAUUCUAAUAAUACCGCAAUACUUGAAGAACAAGUAGUAGUGCCAAGAUGAUCUCCGUCUGCUUGUCCAACGCGGGUGGCAUUUGCAAUCUGCGGUCGUUAACACGUUGGCCAGCCAGUCCGUAUGGCAGCAUCGGGUACACGUACACGUCACCUCUCCUCCCCCCUGUUCAAUUACGCCGCCACGUGGCAGAUUUCCAGAGAUGGAGAGUCGGGUUACCAUCGAUUACUACUUCGCCUUGCCCUUCCUCCGCGUCAGCAGGAGGAGGAUGGGCGGCCACCGCACUACUAGGAGGCCCGGCGCCUUCUGCUUUCGCUCUGGCUAGUCGUUGUGCUACCCGACUGACACGUGGUCAUUCUUCGCCUGCGCUGGACUUCUGGCGGGAAGAAGACUCUUGCGCGUUGUCGACCAGCUUUUUCCCGCCUUUUCCCUCUCGUUGUGUCGGGAUCCGGACCGGAAUGACGCCAACCGAAAUUUGCAGAAGAAGAAGAAGAAGAGACUCGUGCGGCGGCGGCGGAGGUGGCGGCGGCGGCGAGUACAUCGAGACUGUGCGACGACGGCGGCGGCGGCGGCUUGCGGCAGGUGGUACGUGUCGUGCGGCAGCGGUAAGGAUGGGCCGACGCAAGGCUGGCUCCGCCGGUUUCUCCUCCUCCUCGUCCACCCCCUCCUCCGCCGCUGCCGCCGGGAAUGCCCUCCCGCGCAGCACCACCUACCAGUCCGCCACGGAGGUGUACGUCAUUAAGCCCGGCGAUUGGGUGAGCGAUGUGGCGGCGGCGUGCGGCGUCGAUGUCGAGGACAUCCGAAAGCUUAAUCCGACCGUCGAUCUGGAUACCGUGGACGCAGGUCAAGAGAUAGUCAUCCCGAAAACCGAACGAGCAGUGACGUGGCUAAAGGCGAUGAAGAAGGAAGAGGAGAGAGGAGGAGGUGGAGGCUACGGAGCGCCAACGUGUGUUAGUGGUUCGACAGCAGCGUCGACCGCGACAGAAGUGAUGGGCGGGAGCGAUGGCACAGGGGGAAAGUUAUGUGCCGCCGUACGAUCUGAUGAGCGCAGGAAAUCGCUGAAGAGCGGAGUGGGAACGGUAGCAGCAGCAGCAGCAGCAGGAGGAGGAGGAGGAGGAGGAGAAAAAGAGAGGAUGGAGAAGGAGGAGAAGAGGGCCGGUUUUGCUACUGGCGGCCAAUGGCCAUUUGGGGCCUUAUGGACGAAGAAGGCGGCGACUAGGACGGGAACGGCGCAACUGGAGGUUGGCGGCGGAGCGGUCCAAUCAAAGUCGACGGAGAUAGAGGAGGAGAGGAGGGAGGCGAAGGGAGAUAGCGUCGAGUCCCCGAUCGAGGAGACGGACUUGUAUGUGAUGCGAAGAGGCGAUUGGGUGUCUUCUGUCGCGAUGGACUUGGGUGUCCCGAUGGACGAAUUGCGGCGCCUCAAUCCCGGCGUGGAUCUAGAUAACGUCAGGCCGAAGCAGAAGCUCAUCAUUCCCAAGAUCUCUCGUUCUGCUGACGUGGCGUCCUCCACCGCCUCCACCGCCUCCACCACCUCCACCCGCUCCACCACCUCCACCCCUUCGCGCUCUCGUUCCCCACUUUCAGUAUCAGGGGGCGCGACAGGCGGCGAAGUUCCCCGAACUUGUCCCCCCCCACCCUCCUUUUCUGUGUCCUCCUCCUCAUCCCCUUCCUCGCCGUCUUCUUCUCCCUCGGUGUGUGCUCCUCCGCGUAGAGGCGCAGACGAGCGGGAUCCCGCUGUAAGAGUCGAAGGCACAGCAGCGCAGUACAGCAGCGCAGGCGGAAUCUGUCCUCCCCCGGCGGGCGGUAAAGCUGUGGCGAAGUCAUCGUCGGAUGCGGCGGAGAUCUGCGCUUCCUCUCCGCCGUACCCUCUUCGAAUGGCAGGGGCGGCAGUCGGGGCGGGGGGAGCAGACGCAGCGAAGUCCGCGGUGGCCGGGGCAGGUGGUACCUGCUCUGCUCCCCCCCCCUCCCGCUCUCGUGCACCAAUGGGAACGCAACGCGCAGCAACGCCGGCGAGCGCGGCGGGAAAGAUGUGCGCUCCCCCCGCCGCCCCUCCCGUGUGUUCUCCUCCUCCAGCAGCACGGCUUAAGGAGCCGACUUGCCCGCAGCCAAGCUGUCCGCCUGCUCCCCGCGGCGCUCCGCCUACUAAGGGUGCGCAGCCCCUCCUCAGAGAACCCCGCGACGGCAGGGGCGCCAUAGCCAGAGGCUGGUUCUCUCUUGUUGGCCAGCGGGGCCGACAGCAAAAGCCGCCGCCGCCGGCGCCGGCGCAGCAACAACAACAACAACAACAAUGCCAAGCCGAUGGAGCUGCAGCGCGCCAAGCGAGCCCUGCCGGUAGCGGCGGCGUAUCGGGCCUUCCACGCCACACGGAGCUCUACAAGGUUAGGGGAGGGGAUGUCGUGGAGUCGAUCGCAGCAGCACGGGGCGUCCCCGUGCAAUCCCUCCUGUCACUCAAUCCUGGUGUCAAUCUAGAGCGGCUGCGGGUUGGCCAGCAGAUCGUGGUCCCCUUCAAGCAGUCCGGUACGGCGCCGAAGGCGGGCACCGCGGGUACGGCCAGUAGCGGGGGGAGCAAUAGCAAUAGCGGGUACGUAGUGUAUGCGCGCCACCAGGUGGAGCCCGGCGAUUACCUCAGCGAGAUCUCAGAGAGGUACGGCGUAAGCAUAGCCGAGAUAAUGAAGGUGAACAGAAUGACUCUCGAUGACCCUAUCAAGGUAGGUCAGACUGUGCUGAUUCCUUUCCGCAAAGAGGUGACUAGCGGCGGGGAAGGCGCUUCGUGGCGAGGUGCAAGAGCUUCUACUCCCUCAACAGCAAGGCAGGGAGAGAGGGAAGGAGCAGCAGCAGCAGCAGGAGGAGGAGGAGGAGGAGGAGGAGGAAGAAAAGGAGAUGGGAGAAGCGUUGCAACGGUGGGUGCAAGUGCUGCUGCAGAGCGAUCGUACUGGUCGCGCGUGAUUGAGGCGGUGUCCCCUCUUCAAGGGCUAGUUCUGGCGGGAACGAUGAUGGGAGUUGGCGCCGCGGCAGCGGCAGGGUAUGUCCUGGGUGCUGCUUCGUCUUCGUCGUCUCAACGCGGUGGGGUAAUGGGGAGGAGAGUGCGGUUUGGCCGAGAGGGAGAGAUUCCUCUAGGAAGAGGAGGAGGUGUAGGAGGAGGAGGAGGAGGAGUGGGCGGCGUCCGGACCCGCCGCCGGCACAGGGAGGACGGAAGGGGGGACGUGGCUAUGGCGGCAGGCACGAGCUUGUCCCAAGAACCGGCGAUGGCGAUGGCUGCUAAUCUUGGCCAUUAUGUAGAAAAUGACGACGAUAUGGGAACUGGCGGGAAAAUGCAGGGCAAUUUGCGUAUUGGAGAUGGAUACUCGGCAGGGACAUCGCUGAAAUUUGCCAUCUCCACAGCCGUGGAAUCAGCGAGAAAGGCCCUAGGACUGGCCGUGGCCACGGUGGCCGUUGUGGCAGUGAGCGGGUACGGGCACGUGCAGAGGCGCACGGACGAGCAGGGAGAGAGAGAGUCGUUGUCGUCGGGGGAGGACGAAGGAGAAAAGAUGGCGGGGGCAAGCAGAAGCCGGAAAAAGGCCCCUCAUUUGUACAGUGACGGCUUGUGGAAUCGUGACGAUGAUAUGAUCCCUCAUUUGUGCGCAGUGCUGCCAAAGCCCUGUGCGCUUCACGGCAUAGCGGUGACGGGCUUGCUCGCUCAUGGCCGGCCGCCGGCGGGAGAGAGCGUCGUCAGAGGUACUGGCGGAACGAGAGGGGGAGGGGGAGGGGGGGGGGGAGGGGGAGGGGAAGACAACGGUGAGAACGAAUGGGCAGCCGUGCUGCUGCUUUCUGCGCCCGAUGGAUUGGUGUCUGCAACAGCGAUGCUGGGGCCUGGCGGUGCUCUUCCAGCUGUGCAGAUGGCUGUCUCUCAGAUGACGACCGAGGUUGCAGGUUUGAAGUCACUAAAGGCAGUGGUAGUGAACGCUUCCCCAGGCAUUGGGCAUGACAUCCUUGAGAUGGUUGUUGGCAUGCUUCCGGGAGUGCCGGCGUAUGCAGUGAUGGCGGGCAGGGGAAGUCCCGAUGCGAAGGGUUGGCUGGUACCAUCGAAAACAGGGUUUGGAGCAGCAGGACAAGGCGUCUCUCUGAUCGGUGUAACUUCAGAGGCAGAGUUUGGCGGCGCUUUCCUUGCCACAGUGAUCGGACAAUGGCUGUACGGUCCUCAGUGCGUUGUUGUAGCAAGACCGCCGCUGAUGCCGGCAGCCGUCAGCAAAGUUUACUAGUCUAUUAGAUACAUCUAUUGAUGUUUUUACAGUUUUUUGCAUUUGUUCGUCAACAGUGGGUAAGUGUUGUUUGUGUACAUCGGAGUCACAGGGGUGGGCCGUUCCUGGUUUGCUAGAACCUGUUCCUGAUUUGCUAGAAGCUGUUCCUGGUUUACUAGAAGCUGUUCCUGGUUUUGUAUUCAAGGUCUCCGAACCUGCGAUUGCAGUCAGGGAAUCCUCCUGCAGUAUCAGGUCGUCGCUCAAGAAAGAAAGAAAGAAAGAAAAAAAAGGGGAAACAAAAAAGAUCAUUAAUG